UGCAGCAGGAUAUUACGCAUGUGGUUCAUCUGCUACACGCCACAGACAGGGAAGUCAGCUGUUUGUGUGGUUUUAAUCGUAAACGUUAAAGAUCGAACGUUGAAGGUGUCAUCAUGUCCAGGGUGCCGAUGGGCAAGGUGUUGCUGCGAAAUGUUAUUCGUCACACAGAUGCCCACAACAAGAUCCAAGAGGAGUCAGAAAUGUGGAAGUUGAGGGGGAUGGAGAAGGGUCCGUCCACCAGCCACAGACUGAUGCCACCAUCUUCAAAUCCAUCCAGGAGUCACAUGCACUGUGAUCGUGUGGAGGAUGGGUCUGUAGAUAGACUGGGAGACCGGCUGCGGAGAAGAGAACACAGCUCUGGCCAGGACGAGAGGGAGGCACGCUACUGGACCAAGAAACUCUAUGACUUCGAAGCCAAUGAUCCAGACAGAUGGGGACACAGCGGUUUUAAGGAGCUAUACCCAGAGGAGUUUAAAAGUGACUGGGAAAGAGACCGUGGCGAUGAUCAGAAUGGGCAUUGCAGAAAGAAAAAGACUAAGUCCAGACUUAAAACAGCCAAAUCAAAACAUCUGAAGAAGUCCUCCAAGAAGAAGAAGAAGAAGAAGAAGAAGAAAGAGGAAAAGAGGACAGGUGAGUCAGACGGUGAGUCCAGCAGCGACAGUGUCAAACAGAAGAGGAAAAGCAGCAAGAGCAAACAUAAGAGGAAAAAGAGUGAGAGAGAGGAGGAGAGCAGCUCAGAGGAGAGAGGGAAAAGGAGGAAACGACAGAUGGACUCCCACAGAGACUCAGGACCAGAGUCACACAAGAAGAGGAAAAACUGGAAAGCAGGAGAGGACAAAUCAGAGGACAGUUCUGUGGAUUGAGCCUUUUUCCAUUGGCAGCCAGUAACCUGUAACUUCAUACUGCUUCCUUUCAGUUGUCUAUCUCAAAGCUUUCACAGUUACACCCCAUUUCCACUUGAGUCCAAUGUUUCCCACUAGAUUUCUUGUGAACACGGCCAUCACUAUAGCUAGAUAUGUUUGUGAUUUAUCCAAUGACAAGACAACUGAGGAAUUGGCCAAAGUACAAAUACAGCUUUUGAACAGACCGACUGGCAGGGGAAAGCAUAUUGUUCUUCGCUUUACACCUUUCCUCUGCAAUACUCUUUUGUGUUGUACUUCUUUCUGUGUACUGCUGAGCACAAACCUGUGUUCUCCCCUUGGGCAUUCUUCACAGUAAUACCUCACCUCUUCUGUUACUGGUUCUGCUCCAGCUGCAGUGCUCAGAUAGUGAGCUGACACUGCACAAAUAUGGACUCAGAAAAGCCACCUCAUGACAAACUGACUGUAGAGCCAGGUCUCAUAGUUAGUGUCCAGGCUUUACUUUAGCUGUUAUAUUAAUGGAAAAUUGUCAUUUUAUGCAGAUUUCACGACCAAUUAUGACAAUGUCUUCUGCUUUUUUUAUUCAGUAUUUAUUUUUUUAAACUUUUGUAAUUUAUGGUAGUCAGGAUUUUAUGGAAUGUCAGGACAACAUUGAAAAUAAAAUGCAUAUUUGUUUGUAAAAAUGUACUCUGGUUAUCACAUCACACAUUUAGACAUAUCACAUACAUCUCAUGUAUUGUUUUGAAUACAGGAUAUCUACAUGACUAUCAUUCACUAUUCUCAGUAGGCCUAUAGCCGUUCUAUUCCAUGAACAUGAGCAUGUAUUUUACUCUUCAUGCAUCCAAUUCUACAUUAAAUAUUGCUUCCAUAUG